ACGCUUAAUACGUUAAUAGUAAGUAUUAUAAAGAUUAGUUUUAGCCUAAGUAAGGAAAUCGUCGCCCUAGGUAUAGUAAAAAUAGAGACGCACUUCGGAACAAUAACUUUCUAUAUUUUACUUAUUAAUACCCCAUUUCUCUUAUAUUUAAAAAAUAUAGAUCGACUAGGCAUUAUAUUUAAUAAUACGAAAAAUAGAAUCUUUAAUAAUAAGUACUUCGAAAUAGUUAAACGAUAA